AUGUUCCAUUCACGGUCAACAUUACGGGCCGUGAGCGCCGCAUCGCGCAGGGCGUCGCACGCCGUGCAGAAAUGCCAAACUGCCGUCCUACCAAAACCUUUCGCCGCCAGGCAGUUCUCUGCCGCCAUCGCCACACGACAGGCUUCUCCGUUGUCUCAUGAGACAUUCCUGAACGGCCCGUCUGGGACGUACGUUGAAGAAAUGUACGAAGCUUGGCAAAAGGACCCAAAAUCUGUCCACUUGUCGUGGCAAGUAUAUUUCCGGAAUCUCGCCGCGGGGGGAAAGACACCCGCUUUCUCGCCGCCUCCCACCAUCAUUCCAUCCGCCGAGAUCGAGGGCUACCAAAGCGACUCCUCAUUCACCGCUGGCGACAAAAUUCCCGCUGGCGAGAUUAUGGACCACAUGAAAGUGCAGCUGCUCGUGCGCGCCUAUCAAAUCCGUGGUCACCAUCUCGCAAAGAUCGACCCCUUGGAGAUCAAAGUUGCCGACGAGGCGAAAGCCCCAGAAUUGAGCCAUACCCACUACGGAUUUACGGACGCUGAUUUGGACCGUAAAUUCUAUCUCGGUUCCGGAAUCCUGCCUGGUUUCCUGGCUCAGGAAGGGAAAGAGAACCUGACUUUGCGCGAGAUUAUCGACCGACUGCAGAAGACGUACUGCGGACCCAUCGGUAUCGAAUAUGGUCACAUACCCGACCGUGAAAAGUGCGACUGGCUCAGGCAAAGAUUCGAAGUGCCAGUCAAGUACAACUACACCAAGGAGCAGAAGAUGAUGAUCCUGGACCGGUUAAUGUGGUCUGACCAUUUCGAGCGUUUCGUUGCUCAAAAAUACCCCACGGAGAAGCGUUUCGGUCUGGAAGGGUGUGAGAGUUUGAUUCCUGGAAUGAAAAGCUUGAUUGACCGAUCUGUGGAGCACGGCGUCAGCUCCGUUGUCAUGGGUAUGCCCCAUCGUGGACGUCUGAACGUUUUGUCCAAUGUUGUCCGGAAGGAGAACGCAUCUAUCUUUGCCGAGUUCUCGCACAGUGCGGAGGACACGGUUGAGGGAUCCGGGGACGUCAAGUACCACUUGGGCAUGAACUACAUGCGUCCCACCCCAUCUGGCAAGACGGUCCACCUCUCUCUCGCUGCGAACCCGUCCCACCUGGAAGCCGUCAACCCCGUCGUGGAAGGCAAAGUCCGCGCUCUGCAAUACUACCAGAACGACGUAAAGGAACACAGCAAAGCUAUGGCUGUCCUAAUGCACGGAGACGCCGCUUUCGCCGGUCAGGGUGUUGUCUAUGAAACCAUCGGAAUGGCUGACCUUCCCGCAUACGCCACCGGCGGCACGGUCCACGUCGUCGUCAACAACCAAGUUGGAUUCACCACUGACCCCAGGUUCGCGCGUUCCACGCCUUACUGCUCUGAUGUUGCUAAGACGGUCAAUGCUCCCAUCUUACACGUCAAUGGAGACGAUGUUGAGGCUGUGGUUUUCUCUAUGGAGCUUGCGGCGGAGUGGAGGCACAAGUAUAAGAAGGACGUUGUUAUCGACAUUGUGUGUUACCGAAAGUAUGGACACAAUGAAAUCGACCAGCCUAGCUUUACUCAACCCUUGAUGUACAAGAAAAUCGCCGGCAUGACCCCCGUCCUCGACAAGUAUAUUGCGCAACUCUUGGCCGAAGGGUCGGUCACGCAGGAGGAAGUCGACGCCAUGAAGAAGCGUGUCUGGGGAAUCCUGCAGGACAACUACAAGGCCAGUGAGAACUACCAGGGCAGCUCAAAGGAAUGGCAAUCAAGUUCCUGGUCAGGUUUCAAAGCUCCCGCCGAGCUAGCCAAGGAGACGGUCCCACCAAAGCCGACCGGUGUGGAUCUCGACCUUCUCCGCUACAUCGGAAACACGGGCGCCAGCUACCCGUCCGAUUUCACGGUGCACCCCAACUUGGGCAAAAUUCUCAAGCAGCGUCAAAAGUCCGUCACUGAGGGUGAAGGUAUCGACUGGGCGACCGCCGAGUCCAUGGCGUUCGGCACACUGCUGGCUGAAAACCAGCACGUCCGCCUCAGUGGGCAGGAUGUGGAGCGUGGAACCUUCUCGCAACGUCACGCCCUCUUGAACGACCAGCAAACCGAAAAGACCUACGUCCCCUUGAACCACCUGGUUGCAGGCGACGUCGUCCCCUCGCAAAGCAACUUCACUGUCUGCAACUCCUCCCUCUCCGAGUUCGGAUGCCUCGGGUUCGAGCUGGGUUACUCCAUGGUCAGCCCGCACCAGCUCGUUAUCUGGGAAGCCCAGUUCGGAGACUUCGCCAACAACGCCCAAUGUAUCAUCGAUCAGUUCAUUGUCUCUGGCGAGCAGAAAUGGCUGCAGCGCACGGGUCUGACCCUCCUCCUGCCCCACGGUUACGAUGGUCAGGGACCCGAACACUCGUCGGCUAGGGUGGAGCGGUUCUUGCAGAUGGUUGAUGAGGAUCCGUACACUAUGCCUACGUUGGAAGGCACUGGACGGGACAGCUACGCCAGGCAACAUCAGGACUGUAAUAUCCAAGUUGUGUACCCGACUGUACCGGCCAACUACUUCCAUGCGCUGAGGAGACAGGUUCACAGGGAGUUCCGUAAGCCGCUGGUAGUCCUCGAAUCCAAAUCUCUCCUCCGCCACCCCCUCGCCAAAUCUUCCAUCCACGAAAUGACCGAAGGCACAUACUUCCAGCGCGUCAUCCCCGAAGUCCUUCACGAGAACCCCUUCAAGGAACUCGACAUCACCGAACCCCGCGCCGCCAACAACAUCGAACCCCGCAUCCCGCUUGCCCUUCGCUCGACCGAGUUCCAGCUCGCCCCGCCCCGCGAGAUCAAGUCCGUCAUCUUCUGCAGCGGGCAGGUGUACUACCUUCUGUACCGCGCGCGUGAGCUGAACCAGCUGCGCGAUGUGGCGAUUGUGAGGUUGGAGCAGAUCACGCCGUUCCCGUUCUGGGAGGUGAAGGCUGUCGUGGACAAUUAUGAGAAUUUGGAGGAGGUGGUGUGGUGUCAGGAGGAGAGCUUCAACUCUGGGUCGUGGUCGUUUGUAGAGCCGAGGUUGGAGACGGCUGUUAGGGAGACGGAGUGGUUUAAGAGUGGGAAGGGCAAAGCAUGGGCCGAAAAGCUCGACGCAACGCGCACCCCCGGCGGCCUCGAAAACGGCCGCAACGGCGGCAAAGGCGCCUCCAUCCGCGGCGGUCGCUUGAUCCGCUACGCCGGACGCGACCCCUCCGCCGCCCCAGCCACGGGUCUGAAGAAGCAGCACGUGUUUGAGGAACGCAUGCUCGUCUCAGAGGCCUUGUUGAAUGGGAAGCUGGUUAAGCCCGCGACGAUCGAGAGUGGGAUUCCCAAGUUUUAUAACUAG